AUGGCUUCCCCAGUUUUCAAGGUCUCUUUGAAGUUGGGCGAGCAGUCUGGGGAAGUUGGCAUGAAAAAGAUGAGAGUAAUUUUUGGUUAUAGCUACUCCCAGCAGGUUAGAGCGCAGGAGGUUAAGGCGCAGGAGGUUCCAGCGCUAGAAGUGAAAGAGCCGGAGCCCAAACCAAUACCAGUUAUGAAACUGAUGGAUCCAUUUAUUAAAGUGGAAGAUGUCAGCCGCCACUACAGACCAUUGUUUGGGCUUCGCCUUAUAUUUGAGUGUCCCUAUGGCCCUAGUCACCCGAUGGACACCAAGGAAAGUGAGCAUAAGACCGCAGCUCACCAGGGCCCCACCAAGAUGCCAGGGUACUGCGAAUGCUGCAGGUGCAUCUACCCUGAUCUGGAAGAACAUCUUGAAAGCCCUCAGCACAAAAACGUUGUGGAGGGCCAAGAUUACAAGGCCCUGGAUGACCUUAUUGCCACCCUGUGCGCGGACUGGGAGGAGCACUGAAGAUCAAAACACUUUCACCCAGUUCCUGUGUGUGCUGGACUGCUUGGGAGCCAUUAUCCGAUAUGCUCUACUGUCACCUGCUGCAACUCCCGCAUCUCCAGCCGGAUAUGAAAAACCUUAUCCUUAUGUACCACCAAAAAGCUCUGUGAGCAUAUCACUAUCACCAUCUAUCUUAAAAAAAAAAAUAUAUAUAUAUAUAUAUAUAUAUAUAUAUAAAUAUUGUAUGCAGCAGAGCUAGUGAUCUAUAUACGGCUCCUUCUUGUUUAUAUUAUGCAGGCACCAUAAUUGAGAAGGUCACCAUAUGAAUUUUAAUCUUACGCUUAUGCAAUAA